AUGACAACAUUACCUCAAGAUAUUAACGAGAGUUUAAGAUAUUUUGAAGAAGAAUGGAAAAGACUUGCCAAGGAAAUUCGUUCCUCCUACGAAUGGAAAGAAAUGAGCGUUUACAGGCCAAACAAAACCCCUCCAACUGAUAAAAAAACAACAAUAUACAAAGUGUUGACAACCGGUGAAUCACGAGCUAUACCAGUUGGAACUUUAGAUGCAUCUAAUGUUGAGAUUAAAGCACAUUUGCAGAAGAAUUCAAAAAAGAUGUUAUCAAUGUUAUGCCUUCUCCUUGGUAAUAUAUGUUCAGAAGGAGGUAAAAUAAAUGUUUCUCGUACUCUGCGCAAAAAGAAAAAUUUGGACAACUUAAAUUACAUUAAGAUUGACGUAAUUGACGACUAUGAAUUUCUCAUGCCACAACUUAACAAAACAAGUAUUGACUUUUACUUACAACUGAAUGUUAAUGGGAAAUUUGUUGUUGUCCGACGCUACACAAUCAGUUUUAGUAGUAAGCGCGGGAAAAGAUCAGCCUGGAGUGGUUUCACUGAACACAGUAUUCCAUACGAAUAUCUCAUGCCAGAUUAUAAUCAACAUAAGAUGUCUACAGGAUGUUAUAGUGGUUGCACCCCUGUCGGUUGGGCUCAGAUUUUUGCUUACUACGACAGAGUGGCGCAUAGAUACGGAUAUAGAUACAGCACUAGUCACUGGCGUGGAAAAAGCGGUGUAUCUGGAUAUUCGUCAUACGAAGCACCAGGAUCUCUGAACUCGGAAGUGGAAAGAUAUGUCGAAGCUCUUGGUGUUCCUCUUCGCACAAAUUGUGGAUCAACUACAAUGAGAAAUACUGAUAACGUGGAUGCAUGGUUUCGCGCACGUCAGGGAUCAGGAAAAGUGAUCUGGAUAUCUAGGUCAAACAUAAUAAAGCAACAAGUUAGCCUGUACGUCAUACGGAAUAAAUAUCCGGUGUUAAAUUCUAUUUAUUGGUACGGAAGUUCAGGCGACCAAAAAACGAAGUCAGGACAUGAUGUUGUGGUAACCAAAGUCAAACAAAGAUCACGCCAGUAUAAAUCCUGUCGAAAGGUUGGAUGGUGGUGGGGAAGAAGAACCAAAUGUGAGGGGAAAACAGAGUACGAGUACGAAUGGUAUCGCAGAAUGGGUUGGGGUGGACGGAAGAACAAUUGGUAUCCUGCAUCAGCGACGGGAGCUUUUGUUGCAGUUCUCUAA